GUCUCGUGCGUAACGAGGAUCGUCGCGGAGGAUCCGGUGAAGGUGAAUCGGGAACAGAAAGAGAGAGAGGGAGAGAGAGAGAGAGAGGGAGGAGAGAGAGGCAGAAGAGAGCAAUACUUAUUACUAGAGUCUCCUCCUCGUCUCCACACCUCAGCUGACAAAUCGAGCGAGUCCGCAACUUCACCACUGACAAGAACUAAACCCGCGAGGACAAACAGAGGAAGGAACUCACGGAGACGCGUCGAGAGUUUCCCAAAAGUGACCAGAGCCCGAAGUAGAGCGGAGUUCACCCGGGGAUGGACAGGAGGAUGAACUUGAACGCCGGCGCCGGGGACAUUUUUCACAAAACUCUCAGCGCGGUGUCUACUAAAAAAAUGGACCCUUUCAGGUCGUCGGCGGGCAUCGAACUACCAGCCCGAGACCGCCAGUCGCCGAUGAGCUGCUUCGACCAGCCCGACCCGGACCCGAUCCAGCCGGGGGGACUGGCGGGGGUUCGAGGGGGCCCGCUGGGUCUGCCGACCGGCUCCCUGUGCGUCAAGUACGGAGAGAGCGCCAACCGGACGUCGGCGGCGGAGAGCAGCGGCGGCGAGCAAAGUCCCGACGACGACAGCGACGACAGGUGCGACAUGGUGCUUCUGACGGACGGGCGCACGGUGGCGGCGGGGAAGGCGGAAGGAGGUAAGAAAACCAAAGAGCAGAAAAUGCUGAGGCUAAACAUCAAUGCCAGGGAACGGCGACGGAUGCACGACCUGAACGACGCGCUGGACGAGCUGCGGGCGGUCAUCCCCUACGCGCACAGCCCGUCCGUGCGCAAACUCUCCAAAAUCGCCACGUUGCUGCUCGCCAAAAACUACAUCCUCAUGCAGGCGCAGGCGCUGGACGAGAUGCGGCGGCUGGUGGCGUACCUCAACCAGGGCCAGGCCAUCUCCGCCGCCUCCAUACCGGCCACCACAGCCCUGGCGGCGCCGGGCCUGGGCGCGUACGAGCAGCCGCCCGGAUACCCGUUCCCCACCGGGGUGGCCCCGUCCUCCUGCCCCGACAAAUGUGCCCUAUUCAACAACGCCACCUCCAGCCUCUGCAAACAGUGCACUGACAAGCCUUAACUGCAGCCGACACAGACUCCGAGCGGCGCGUUAGAACGACAGACACCACUUUUGAGAGGAAACGCGCGAGGCUGCUGUUAUUACGGUCAGCGGGCUAGAGACAAUGGAGCGAUGCGGAUCAAUACUUUUAUAAUAUUUAGUAAAGGCAUUCAAAACGGUUUCUGUUCAAACAAUACUUGAUUGUGUAUAUAAAUCAUCCUUAAAGUGCUGGUAUGAAUGACAGUGAAGACCAAACAUGACUACAUAGGCCUGUGUGAGUGGCUGCAGGUGUCCAAGGAGUUGCUGAUCACUCGCCUCUGUUAUGGACCCUUUUGGAGAUUUUGGUGACCUGACGACCUGCGACUUUUUUCACUUGAAUAGACGGACACCUUCCUGGAGUCUUGUUCCUGCCUCUCUCUCUCUCUCUCCCUCCCUCUAUCUCUCUGCUGCUUCCUCGUUGAUUUGCGGGUUUUCAUUGAUUCACCGAAGAGACUCUCUCGCUGAUCGCUCACCGAUUCGAGGCCUGUGUUUUCACGAACUUUUCUCUCGAGCACGUGGAAUGUCACAAACAGAGUCUAAUCGAACCGACGCCAGGUUUAAUCGUUGAGUCAGAUUCAUGUGCGCUAAUUCAGACUUUUGGUAACAGGCACCACAACGAAUUCAAAUUUCAGAAAUAAUAGAAAACCUAAACGAAGCGUUAUCUAAUGUUUCAAUAUGUCUUUUGUAAUUUAUCAGUUUGGAUAUUUAUAUCGGAUGCUUUGCUUGUAUUGCACUUUGUAGUCCGUUUUGUUCUCUUAGUUGCUGCAUUUGUUACGUUUUUGAUAUCUCACAAAGUGAUCGCGGUCUUUGUCAGUGUUGUCAGGUCAGGAUGUGGAUAAUUGUAGAUACCUUAGUUAUUAUAAGAGCAAAGAGGGCCAUUUGUAUGUAAUUCAGUGUUGAAAAGCUUUAUUAAAAUAUUUUUAACAACAGAAAUGCUUCUGGUUAUUCUGUUGUGAAGUGUAGUGGAAUCAGACUGAACUGCCUUUAACUUACGUUUGACGAAUACACGCACUGAAUUUAAAAAUCUGAAUCUGACAUGUAAUGUGACUGUUGGGCUUAUUAUAAAAUUGGCCCACCGUGGUUUGUGGGGACGUUGUGGCUUUUAUCAAAUCCCGGAUUUUCGCCAGGUGUUAGUAGAUGGGUAAUAAUAAUAAAAGGCGACUGAUGCCUCCAGGCAGCAAAAAGAUGUUUGUUCUCUAUAAGAAGGGAAACAAAUUACUUAAUGACCUUUAUUGUGAUUAUUAAAGCAACAUCCAUGACGGUGUGGGUACGUGCUAAUUCGAAAACAAGUGUGUGUAUUCAAACUGUCGACAGUAAUACCUGGCUACACAUAAUGAAAUACAUCGUUUAGGCAAUUAGACCUCCAGAAUGUGAUUAAGCAAUGUAAUUACGACACUGUUCAUUGCCGUAAUUUGGUGUCUUUAAUCACAACGCAGCCAUCAGCUGCACGCCCAUCGACUCACCCCUUUGUCCUCCUCACUGUUGUCCAUAUCAAAGCAGACUGAUGACGGCUAAACCCACCGACCAAAACAACAUGUAGCUUAGUGUUUGCAGAGAGAAAAGUCAACGGGACAUUAGAUGGAAGCAGAAAGACUUAGGGCAAAGAACGAGACCAAUGUUUUUUCAACUGUGCAAAAAGGCUAGAACAACGCUACAAAACCACAAUUUCGGUGUUCUUGUUAUUAUCCUAAAGCAGCUGCAUUAUUCCUGAGGUUAAAAAACAAAUCUAAAUCUUAAUUAGUUGUCACAUAAAAUCUAAAGUCUGUGUGAGGCUUGCAGGAACUUCAGCACCAUGGACAGAGACAAAACAUUUAAUGGGAAAAACUUCUUGUCAGCAGAUGUAGGAAUGAUGAAUCAUGUAGUGACAGUUUUUGUACAUUUUAUCUAAGAACACCGUUGAUAGUGUGAAACAGACAGACUGUCACCUCUAACAUUCAGUCACCUGUAUACAAAAAGUAAAAACUUUCUAAAGUAUAAAAGUAUCAUCAGCCAAUUUAAUAUUACCUCAACAUUUAGCUUUAAGGAAAUAAUUUCACAAAAUAGGAAAAAUGUAAAAUGUUUUAGCAACUUUAGGAAAUAUAUAUUUAUUAAAUUUAUUAAUCUGACCUUACACUGACAAUAAAAAAAACUCGAGAUGUAUAACAAAAUAAAUAUUUCAUAAAUGCUUGUCAACAAUUUAAACCAAAAAAUCUCUUUCCCUUUUUCUUUAAACAUUGAACACUUGUGUGAAGUCCUAAACGUGCGGCCUGCACAGAAUUUCACAAUUUCCUCUGUUUUCCGAGCUCAGCUUUGUGUCUGUAGGAUGAGCAAUUCUGACAACAGGGUCAUUACAGUAUCCCAUUUAAUCCCAUCACACCCCUGAAUGCCUUGAAUCUUCACAGAACAGCCCUUAAUUGAGAAUGGAAAUAAUCAGGAGCCCUUAAAACAGCUCUGGCAGAAACAUCUAGUCAGCAACUCAUGUUGGACAUCAUCCUGUUUAAGGAUUUAACAAAGAUAUUUUAAGUUUGAUCACAAAAAAUGGCUUGCUUUCUUUCCUGCUGUUGCAAACGAAGACUUCGCAAAAACGUUAAUUAUGCAAUAUGCAUUAAUGCACAAAUGACUGGAGCAUUUAACCCAUACUAAUAUUCACAUUAGCCUGGAAGAGUAAAUUCCCCAGGGGUGCAACAGAGCCAUAUGCGUGUGGAAAACAGAACGCAGCAUCCAAAGGAAAGCCAGCACAGCACAAAACCCAGUUCAAAGGCAGAGAGGAUUCUACAACUACCAAAGGGGAAAUAAUGUGAAAUAAGUCGUUCACCAUUAAAAGCCACCAGAUUCCCCUUGAUGUGCUACUCUUUUUCUGCUAUUGUUGCAAGCUGGCGAAAUGUCAUGUACACACGGGAGUCUGAUGUUGGUGUUUGUGGGGUUGGACUGUCACUCAAGUCUCAAGGAAGGACAAGACUUUUUCCAGUGGCCACACACCACAGCGCCAGUAGACAAGAGGCAACAUAGAUUUUAUUCAUGAGUCUAAUAAAGCUGAAUCUAUCUUAAAGGCAUUUACAAGAUUCAAGACUCAUGAAUAAAAGUGGAAGAUAAAAACACCCCUUUUCAUAAACCAUAAAAUGUCCAAUUUACCAUAUCAAGAGCCAGCAGGGCGCCUAUUCAUAAUGCGGAGGUGAUGCAUGCUAUGGAUGAUAAACAUGGAAAGUCAAAAUAUACAUAACCGUGUUGAAUUGAAAUGUCCCCUUCAUAUCAGUAACGGGCAACUCCAGCAGUGGCUUCAGCCGAGCUGCGUCACAGACUGUGGGGGAGAGAUAUAUGCGCUGCGCUGGCUGAGGCAUCAAAUCAAACGCUGGGUGGUAAUUUACUUUUGUCAGCGCACCAAUAGCGAUGCAUAAUGAUGUUGUGUACACAGAGAAACAAUACAAGGGUCAGGUCUAGUAAAUGAAACUCUUAACCACCUAUUCCUUCAGCUACGGGGAACGAGUGAGGAUAUUCGGUGUGGGUUGACAUCAAUGAGCCUUGAAGCUCAGAAGCUACAGGACAAAGCAACUUACGCCUCAGAAUUCCAAUGGGGUCAGUUUAGAUCAGUUACAUUCCUAAAGUUCAGUGCCAGGAAUGCUGACAACAAUCAAUUAUACUUCCUGUACUUCUAACUGGAUGUUUUCCUGGUUGCCUAAUGAGCUACCCACUAUAAUGAAUUAUAGUGGGAAUGUUUUUUCUCCGACGCAGCAUUGAGGUCAGGUACUGUAAACAUAUGGUGGAGUGCUCAGCUCUGAAAGCUCUAACAGGCUACAAUAAAUGACGUAGUCAUGUGAUUAUAUCCUCAUCUGGAAUACAAUGCUUGAGUAACAUCUAAUAUUCCAACUGCCUCCAUAUUAAUCAGAUUAAAGUCCCAAUCCC